GUGUGCUUUAAGAUGUUCCCCCGGCUGAGUGGGCUCGCAACGCACACGAACUCGCACUCGGGCGCGAAAUCGUUCAAGUGCCCGAUCCCGACGUGCACAAACUCGUUCGCAGUCCGGUCGAACACGAAGCGGCGCCUACGCACGCACGAGACUUUUCCCUCGGCGGGGCGUGGCUCGAGCUCCCCCUCACAGCUCACCAUCAGGUUCGAGACCUGCUCGUGUCCGAGGUGCACGAGGUGA